AUGACUGAUUGGAUCGGCACUGAAGAGUUGCCUAUUCUUUCCAGCAAAGACAAGUCGAGUUGGAUGAAGUUCGUUCUGACAACAUUGCGAGGCAAGGUGGUCAACCGGGACUCGUUGGUUGCAGCCCUGAAGAAUCGAAAUUUAAGCGCAGCGCUUGGCGAUGUCACGGACCCCGAGCCUCUUUCCCAAGGUCAUUUACUAUGGGAUGUGCCAGAUCUUCAUAUUACACCGUGGAAGACUUAUUAA